AUGGUUCCUAAGAUCUUUGCUCCCUUUUUGGUCUUUCAUGUUCUUCUAAUUGCCAAUGCAUAUGGAAAAACCCAUCACCAUACUUUUGUGGUUAAGUCAUCUCCUUACACUAGACUGUGUAGCACCAAGAACAUUUUAACAGUGAAUGGGAAAUUCCCAGGACCAACCUUAAAAGUUCACAGAGGUGACAAAGUGAUUAUCAAGGUCUACAACAAGGCAAAGCAUAACAUCACCAUUCACUGGCAUGGAGUAAGACAGAAAAGGAAUCCAUGGUCAGAUGGACCUGAAUACAUCACUCAGUGUCCAAUUCAACCAGGAAAUAAGUACACUUACAAGUUUGAAUUAACUACAGAAGAAGGGACAAUCUGGUGGCAUGCACAUAGUGGAUGGGCACGAGCAACAGUUCAUGGCGUGAUUAUUGUUUAUCCGAGGCGUGGACAUCACUAUCCCUUCCCCAAGCCUUAUGCAGAGGUUCCAAUCAUACUAGGAGAAUGGUGGAAGAAAGAAGUAAUGGAAAUACCAGGAAAUGCAAAUGUAACAGGAGGAGAACCUAUACUAUCUGAUGCAUAUACCAUUAAUGGACAACCUGGUGUCCUCUAUCCAUGCUCCAAAAAAGGUACAUUCAGAGUGACAGUGGACUAUGGAAAAACAUAUCUUCUCAGAAUUAUUAGUGCAGUCAUGGAUGAAGAUCUCUUCUUUGCCAUUUCUCAACACAAAUUAACAUUAGUAGGAACAGAUGGUAGCUAUACAAAGCCUCUGAAAACAGAAUACAUAAUGAUCACUCCUGGACAGUCCAUGGAUGUCCUAUUAGAAGCAAACCAGCCUCCUAGUCUGUACCAUAUGGCUGCUAGGUCAUAUUCCAGUGCCAAAGGAGCUGGCUUCGACAACACAACAACUGCAGCUAUUCUAAAGUAUCGUGGCUCAUAUCCCCCUCCACCGUCGCCAUCUUUCCCACCUCUACCACCAUACAACGCGACGCAAGCAUCCACUGAUUUCAUGAGACAACUGAGGAGUCUAGCAAGCAAACACCACCCUGCAAAAGUCCCACUAGAAAUAGACACACAUUUGUUUUUCACUAUAAGUGUCAACCUUCUCAACUGCUCAAACAAGCCAUGUACAGGUCCUCUUGGUAAGAGGUUCUCUUCUAGCAUAAACAACAUUAGCUUUGUGACCCCAUCAAUGGAUGUCCUUCAAGCUUACUAUUAUGGAAUUCAUGGAGUUUUCGAGGAUGAUUUUCCUAGAAAACCGCCUAAGAAAUUUAACUAUACCGGUGAUAAUCUACCUGAGAAUCUGCUUAACACGGCUUUUGGCACUAAGGCCCUGGUUUUGGAGUAUAAUGCCAGUGUUGAGCUGAUCUUGCAGGGGACUAAUGUGCUAGUUGGUGAUAACCAUCCCAUUCAUUUGCAUGGAUAUAGCUUUCAUGUUGUUGGUUGGGGUUUUGGGAAUUUUGACCCUAGAAAGGACCCCUCAAGGUACAAUCUUGUUGACCCUCCUGAGGAAACUACUGUUGGAGUUCCUAACAAUGGUUGGGUUGCUAUUAGAUUUAGGGCUGACAAUCCAGGUGUAUGGUUGAUGCAUUGUCAUUUAGAGCGUCAUCAGAGUUGGGGAAUGAGUAUGUUGUUUCUAGUGAAAAAUGGUGCGACUCCUUCAACUCAAAUGGUCCGGCCACCACUUGAUUUGCCUAAAUGUUGA